UUCCUCUACGUCGAUGAUAACUUCGGCACUGAGCGACCGGGAUUUGUCAGAUUCUAUAUCCCAUAUGGAAUUUGGCUUCCUUCUAGCCAAGCCUGCAUCUUACAGCUAUGGGACGAACUUGGCAUCCCCCACGAAGCUAAGAAGCAGCUGCACGGGACAGCUCUCCCGAUUAUUGGCUUCUUGGUCAAUACCGCCACCAUGUCUGCCACUAUGACAGUUGAGUCUCGCAACGCCCUCGUUCAGUUCAUCCGCGACUUCGCGUCUGAAAACACCCGUCGUACUCUUCGCGAUUUUCAGACACUGGCCGGUUAUGUUAACUGGGCACUCAACGUUUACCCACUGCUUCGCCCCGGGCUAACAGCUGUAUACGAAAAAACCAAAGGAAAAGCCCAAACCUUUGGGAAGAUCUGGAUCAACAAAUCAGUUGUCACCGAACUCUGUUGGCUUCUUUCCCAUCUUGAACACGCCACAGGCGUAUUCUUUUUCCGCUCCAUUUACUGGGAC